UUUGACACUCAGUGGAUAAAAUGACUGUAUUUUGGUUGUUCCAUAAAACGGCCCCACUAAAUUCCAAAUUCUUGUGCGUUUCGUGCGCAAAGCGAUUAAAGUGGUUAUUGUGUGUUAUUAUGUUAACUUUUGCCAAUAUUUCCCAAUUAUGUCGCAUUUGCCUGCGCCAUCUGCGCCAGAUUAAUGAACAGCAACACCAACAGCGCAACAAAUCCAGCUACAAUCCGAAAGCGCUACCCCAUUUGGCAAAAAUGUUGAAUCACUUUUUUGCCAUUGACGUAUUUCAGCAACCAGAGACAUAUCCACAAGACAUAUGUGCAUUGUGCUACAAUGCCAUCGAAUAUUUUCAGCAGCUCUGCAACGUCGCCGAGCAGAGCAACGAGAUGCUGAUGCGCCUCACCAUAACCCUGGCCGUUGAUCAGCCAAAGAGGACUGAAGCUGAUGUUGAUGUCCAUGUUGAUGUUAAUGCUGACGAUCACUCGUUGACGCUCGUGAAAGCAGAGCCGGCGGAAGACGAAACUCAGCAUCAACAAGAUUACAAUGCUGACGCUAACGCUAACGUCGACGCUGAUGUUGACGUUGACGUGGAUCCCGGCGAUGGCGAUGCGGUAUCGACAUCGGAUGCGGAUGCGGACAAUGUAAACGACAACAAUGAGAGCCUGGAGGCGAUUAAUGAUGAGGCAGCAGCUGCCGCGGCAAGCAAGCGAAAGUUGCUCGCUUGUGAGCAGUGCGGCAAGCAGGUGUACAAGCUGCCCUAUCUGGAGGCGCACAUACGGAGCGUACAUGAGGGCCACCCUAAGCCGUUUCUAUGCCGAAAUUGUGAUAAGGCCUUCACUCGAUAUGAGCAACUGCGCUCACAUGUGCGCAAUGUGCAUCCGGCUGUUGCGGCUGCGACAACAACAACAACAUCAUCGAUCAGCGAGGAGCUGGACCUAUACUGUGAGCAGUGCAAUCGCAGAUAUAGUACGAAAAAUGCACUCGGCGAGCAUCUGAAGCGUCACGCACAGGAAAAGCCGCACAUUUGCGAGCACUGCGGGGUCGCGAAGGUGACGCGCACCGAACUGCUCACCCAUCUGCGCAUCCACAAUCCCGACUGGGAGAAGUUUAAAUGCAAGCAAUGUCCGCAACUCUUCCGUCACAAGAGCGCCAUCAGCCGGCACGUUCGCGUCGUGCACGAAGGGCAGCGGCGAUUCCAGUGCGGUCAUUGUCAGAAGCGAUUCGGCACCCAUGCCUCUCAGGUGCGACACGAGCGCCUCCACAUUGAAACAUUUUAAGUCAUGGUGACAAUAGAUCUAGAAACCCAUCUUCAUGGGUAUAUACUACAUAUUCCAAAUGAUGAGUGCGCCAAAAACUAUUGCAAUAUGUUUGUAUUCACAUUGUUUAUUCAUAUUGAGCAUAUUGACAGACACGAAAACUAAUCACAUAAGCGAACCGAACUUUUUUAUUAUAUUUGUAUUUAGGAAAUACUCUUGUCGAGAAUCCAUCAAAUAAAACAUUUGAGCAUUGUCAUUAUCAAUUACA